AUUUUUUUUUUUGUUUUCGUUCUUUUUCUUCUUCUUCUUUAACUCUUUGUGAAAAAGAAAAAUCAGCAAAUGCUUUCUCAAGGACUUUCCUACGUCAUUUUCAACGCGUCAAACGUUGAUGAUUUCGAGAACACACUUAAAUUCUAUCAAGUUCUCGGCUACAAGGCUAUCACCGAUAAAACUGAAGAGAACCAAACUGAACAAAGAACUGCUUGGUUAAAGUUGACCUCUGAAGGAAAGAAAGCCACUGAUUCUUCUAUUAAGCUCGUUUUAAAUUGCUCAGCCAUUGCUCAAGAAAAGCCUGCCAGUGAUGUUGAUUGGUCUUUGGAAGAAAGCGCUCUUGUUUUAGCUGUUAAGGAUGUCGAAGCUGCCAAAAAUGCAUUGGCUGAGUUGAAUGUCCCAGUACAAGAUCAUAGCCGUGAUGAUGCUACCAGAGUUUAUACUUUGGAUCCUCUCAAUAAUGUCAUUGUUUUAUCCGAUAAGGAAUCUUUCGGUGCAUGUGAAAAGGCUACCAGUGCUGCUGCCGCUGUUGAAAAGGCCUCCAACGGUAAGCGUCAAAAGAUUGCUGUUCUCACCUCUGGUGGUGAUGCUCCCGGUAUGAACGCUGUUGUCCGUGCCACCGUUCGUUAUGGUAUCUCUAAGGGCUGUGAUGUUUAUGGUGUCUAUGAAGGUUAUCAAGGCCUUAUUGAUGGCGGUGAACGUUUGAAGAAGAUGAACUGGAAGGAUGUCCGUGGCUGGUUAGCUGUCGGUGGUACUACUAUUGGUACAGCUCGUUGUAUGGGUUUCAAGACCCGUGAAGGUCGUCUCCAAGCUGCUGAAAACCUUGUCAAGAACGGUAUUGACGCCUUGAUUGUCUGUGGUGGUGAUGGCUCUUUGACUGGUGCUGAUCUUUUCCGUUCUGACUGGCCUGGUUUGGUUGAAGAACUUAAGAACACCAACCGUAUCACCAAGGAAGAAGCUGAAACUUUCGCUCAUUUGACCAUCGUCGGUCUUGUCGGUUCUAUUGAUAAUGAUAUGUCUUCCACAGAUAUCACUAUUGGUGCCGUCACUUCUCUUCACCGUAUUUGUGAAGCUGUUGAUGCUGUUUCUACCACUGCUUUGUCUCACUCCCGUGCUUUCGUCGUUGAAGUGAUGGGUCGUCACUGCGGUUGGUUAGCCCUUCAAGCUGGUAUUGCUACUGGUGCUGAUUUUGUUUUCAUCCCUGAAAAGCCUCCUCAAGAAGAUGAUUGGGAAUCUACCAUGUGUGCCGUCGUUGAAAGACAUCGUCAAUUGGGUAAGAGAAAGACUGUUGUCAUUGUUGCUGAAGGUGCUAUCGACAAGAACUUGAAACCCAUCAAGGCUGACCACCUUAAGGAUAUCUUGUCCAACCGCCUUGGUCUCGAUACUCGUGUUACUAUCUUGGGUCACACUCAACGUGGUGGUUCCCCUGCCUUCUACGAUCGUAUGUUGGCCACUACUCAAUCCAUUGAAGCUGUCGAUGCUGUCCUUGAAUCUACUCCUGAAACUCCUUCUCCUAUGAUUGGUAUUAACGACAACAAGAUCAUUCGUUUCCCUCUCAUGAAGGCUGUUGAGCUCACCCACGAAGUUGCUGAUGCCAUUGGUAAGAAGAACUUUGCCCGUGCUAUGGAACUCCGUGAUCCUCAAUUUGCUGAUGAAUACGACGCUUACAACGCCACCACCAUCUUGGAUGAUAACUCCAUCGGUUUGCCCAAGCAUCAACAAAUGCGUAUUGGUAUUGUUCACGUUGGUGCUCCUGCUGGUGGUAUGAACGCUGCCACUCGUACUGCUGUUCGUUAUUGUCUCAACCGUGGUCACACUCCCAUUGCUAUCAGCAAUGGUUUCGCUGGUCUCUCUCGUGGUGUCAUGCAGGAAAUGUCUUGGAUGUCCGUUGACGGUUGGACUGCUCUCGGUGGUUCAGAAUUAGGUACUAACCGUGCUGUUCCUGGUCAAGAUAUUGAUAUGGGUAUGGUUGCUUAUCAAAUGCAAAAGAACAACAUUCAAGGUCUUUUGGUUGUCGGUGGUUUCGAAGCCUACGUUGCCAUUGCUGAACUUGAAAAGGCCCGUGAACAAUAUCCUUCUCUCCGUGUUCCUAUCACUUUGAUCCCUGCUACUAUUUCCAACAAUGUCCCUGGUACCGACUAUUCUCUCGGUUCUGAUACCUCUCUUAAUGCCAUCGUCAACUCUUGUGAUGCCAUUGUUCAAUCCGCCCAAUCUUCUCGUCGUCGUGUUUUCGUUGUUGAAGUUAUGGGUGGCCGUUCUGGUUACUUGGCUGUUGAAGCCGGUCUUGCUGUGGGUGCUAUGACCGUCUAUAUUCCCGAAGAAGGUAUCAACCUCUCUCGCCUUCAAGCUGAUGUCAAGCACUUGAAGAACAUGUACUCCCAUGAUGACCCUAACAAGAGCGAAGGUAGAAUUAUCUUGCGCACUGAAGAUGUUUCUAAGACUUAUACAACUGAUGUUAUCUCCAGCAUCUUGAAACAAGAAGGUGAGUAUAUGUUCGAUUCUCGCACUGCCGUCCUUGGUCACAUCCAACAAGGUGUUACUCCUUCUCCUUUGGAUCGUAUUCGUGCUACUCGUCUUGCCAUGCGUUCCAUUUGUUUCAUUGAAAGCAAGGCUGCUGAUGCUCUUAACAAGGCUAAUGAAAACGGUUCCGCCGUUCCCGUUGAAUUGUCCUCUGGUAAGGACUCUGUCGCUGUUGCCGGUAUCUCUGGUACUGCCGUUGUUUUCGAACCUGUCACAGAUCUCAUGGCUGUCACUGAUAUGAAGAACCGUAAGCCUCGUAAUGCUUGGUGGGCCGAACAUCGUGAAGUCAUUGAUCUCUUGGCUGGUCGUGAUCACUUCUAAAUCUAUCUUUUACCUUUAAAUUGUCGCCUGUAAUUUCUCCUUUAUCCUCUUAUUUUUUAUAGAAUUUUUUGUCCUUCACUUCAUUUUCACGUAUAUACAUAUAUAUUAUAUUAUUCAUAUAUAAACCUGUAGCAUUUAUAAAUUAGCAUUAUCAUAAUUU